AUGGCCGAACGAGUGUUGUUGCUUGUUUUGUUUCAAUUACUAACAGCUUUCCAAAUUAGUUGGACUUUUGUGGAAGUAACUGUAGAAUUUGACCGUAUUGAUGUUAUAUUCAGUGCGAUUGGAGAUUUCUCCAAGCUUCGAGUAACGAAAUUCAACCGUACGACGCCAGUUCUCAAUGGUACCUUUGACAUAACAAUAGAUUUGGAUAAUACACUUGAGGGAGGAGUAACGAAAUUCGAUCGUGUUGAGAAUGAAUUCAGCGCUAUUGGAAAUUUCUCCACGAUUCGCGUCACAAAAUUCAACCGUACGACACCGGUCCUCAACGGAACCAUAGAAAUUAAAAUCGAUUUGGACAAUACAGUUGAGUUCGGAGUAGGGUGCGCUAGAAGCGCCUUAGGAAAUAACCAGUUCAACAUGCUUCCUUUUAAACUUGCACCGAUGCCGCUUUGCCAUUUCUUCGAUUACUACGCCAAAGACUAUCAGCACAUUUACGCGAACAAAACUAACUUCCCUCAAAUCCCCCCGGAAGGAUUGUGUCCUAUUCCUAAAGAUGUUUAUUGGGUUAAGAACUUCGCGCUGGAUUCAUCAGUCAUACCUUCUGUGAUUCCAGAGGGUUACUAUCGCUGUCAUAUAAAUAUGUACGUAAUUUCUAAUCGAACUUUACUGUUACGUCAAGCAUUCUACGGCAGAGUUCGGAAAGAACUCACAAGAUCCAAAAUAUUUCAAUAA